AAAUAAUACGUGCAAAGCACUUAGAGCUUUAAGAAGUGAGCGCUCAGUAAAUACGGGCUGCUAGUAGGUUUUACAGACGUAGCUAAUAGGUGGCACAACUUGGGAUUUGAACCCAGAACCACCUGUCUUUAAUGGCUGCCUCUUCGCAGCCUGAUACCUCCAAAAUCCAAAGGAUUCUCAGCUUUAGCGAAGUGCACUCAUCGCUCACGUGAGUAAACUGAGGUCCAGCUGGGGAAGAGUUUCUUAGUAAUCUCUACCACCCAAGACCACUCAUUCUUUUCUAACUUUCCUGACGUCUUGUUUCCCUUGCCUCGUUCAUUCGUUCGUUCAUUCGUUCAUUCAUUCAUUCAUCCAUUCUAGGUCCUGCCCCCAAAGAAUCUUGGUCUAGGGGUUAUGCCGAUCCAGUUAGACCUCAGAGCUUGAUAUAUAUAUGAACAGGGCAUCUGGCAGGAAGGCACUCGAGUCCAAAUAUCCACCUCACCAGGGUGCUCACUGUUCACCCCCCAGCCUCAUUAACUCAGCUCAAUUUAAGAGCGCGGGACCUGGAGCCGCGGCCUGGAUUCAAAUGCCAACUUCACCACUUCGCUGGAUGACCUGGGAAAGUGACUUUUUGUUCAGUCGUGGGAAAGGAUUGCUCCAACCACUCCACCCCGGAGAAAACGUGAAGAAUAUUAAUAUGUAAAACCCAAGCCUGGGAGAGGGGCUUCGGUGCGCGGGGUAAUUUGCAGACGCUCCCUGCUGGCGGGGACCACACGACCUGUCCUUCAGCCCGGGACCUUCAGCCGGUCCCGCCGCGGCCGAUUUGAGCGGUAGUGGAAGCUGAGGUGGUAACGGCAGCAGGACCCGCUGCAGUGGCUCCUGCCGAGGCGGAAGCGCCAUGUCCGAGCCACCCCCACGGGAUGCGGAGCGCGACCUUUUCCGGGACACGUGGGUGCGGUACCUAGGCUAUGCCAAUGAGGUGGGAGAGGCAUUCCGCUCCCUGGUGCCAGCAGCCGUGGUGUGGCUGAGCUAUGGUGUGUCCAGCUCCUACGUGCUGGCCGAUGCCAUUGACAAGGGCAAGAAGGCGGGAGCUAUACCGAGCUCUGAAGCAGGCCGCAGCACCAGGGUGACCGUGGCUGUGGUGGACACUUUCGUGUGGCAGGCUCUGGCUUCUGUGGCUAUCCCAGGCUUCACUAUCAACCGUGUGUGUGCUGCCUCUCUCUACAUCCUGGGCACGGCCACGCGCUGGCCUCUGUCCAUCCGCAAGUGGACCACCACUGCACUGGGGCUUCUGGUCAUCCCUGUCAUCGUCCACCCCAUUGACAGGUCAGUGGACUUCCUCCUGGACUCCAGCCUGCGCAAGCUCUACCCCUCAGUGGAGAAGCCCAGCUCCUCCUGACCCUACCUGGUACUUGACCUGUGGUUUGGCCCACUCCCUGCUCUGGUCCAACUUCUUCCUCCUGCCAGGGGAUGUGGAUGCCUGGCUCCCUGCUGUCUGAGGCCCUGGCAUCUGAGUAUGUUUGAGCCAGAUGGAAAUUGAGAGACAAAGGCCUCAAAGAGUGGCAGCUGCUGUGACUCACAGAAAGGGAGACCUGAACCCCAUCUGCUUCCAUGGAAUCCGUGAUACUGAGGGGGAGUGGACCUGUCUUUUGACAAGAAAGUAACAUCCUCCCAUGGAGAAUACAGAAGCCCGGAUAGGGCAAGGAAUAUAGCCAAGAUCACUUCGCAAGCUGGAGCCCCAGGAGCCCCAGGAGCCCCAGUGGCUUGGCACCAUGGCAGUGUGGCUGGGCCGAGAAGCAGCAGACACUCGGAGAAAUGCAGGAGUGUAGUUGCGGGCACCCUGAGGACUGAUUGUCCAGCUAGCCCAGCCCUGGUGCCAGACCUGCUCCGGCCUGGCUGGAAGGCAGGACAGCCCCCGGCCCAAUAAAUCCUCAAGAAGUUGA